GUUAAUUAAGUUAUUUACUGCUGGAGACCGAGCAGCAGAGUUCAAUACGGCGUCAUUUGUGGUGGCCCUGUAUACCACCAACAACAACAACAACAGAAGUAUCUGUCAGUAGAAAUAAAAACAUAUUAUCAACUUCGUGAAGUUGAUAAACGAACAUAUAAUGCAUAGUGUAGGAGAUAAUUCCUCAGACACACAAGAAAGACUGUAUAAAAUGCUUGAGAAACUGCAGACUCUAGCUCGAGAUAUUCCACCAAAAUUCCAGCAACGACUCCCAUAUGAUCUCCUUUCUUCUCUGGCCCAUGUGCUGCUUAAUAAUACUGUGUUUGAAAUUGUGCAAGAGCUAGCAGAGCUUCAGCACAUGACAGAGAAGAGCUUACACCAACAACGUUCUCAAAUGAUUAAUAAACACAAAGGUGACAGAACAACAAUCAACGCUGCAGCAGGUUGGUGUUCCAGGGUUCCAUGAGACAGACAACCCAAUGGAGAUCAAGGUUCAAAUGUUCAUUAUGGGCUUCAUUGUAAGGAUUGGUGGAAUUAAAGUCCCUCUAUGAAAACUAGAUAAUGUAUUGGUCAUUCUAUAUUUUCUGUUAGCUCUUAGUAAUACCAUAAUGUCUUGUAUGUAAAAUACACAGUAAUGUCUGGUGUGCAUCCUUCAUCUUGGAUGUCACCUAAGAAGUCAUAUAUGUGAGACAAAAACUUAUUUUUUACAGCUGAACAAGGGAUUUUUUUUUUUGGGUUAUUUGACUGUAUCUAAUUAUUAGAUAUAUUUUCACCAACUCUCUUGUGUAUCUCCAAGAAUAUCAUACAGCUAGUAUUUUAGCAGAUAUUGGUUAUCAAAUGCUCUAUUAAAAUACUAUCAUAGAAGAGUUUCUUGUUAAGUUAAAGUAUUUAAGGUGUAAUAUAUCCUAAUAAAUGAUACUAUAACUACACUGAAUGUCAGUGAGUUUUGUUACACAGUAUAUCGGAUUACUCAUGACCCACAAGCUGAAUGCUGUCCAUGACUCUGGUACCUAUUUCCUUCCCUUGCACAACGUAAUACUGUACCAAUAAAUGGAAAUUCACUAUCCAUAAAUAAACUAUCUAAUAGUUUCCUUUAGAGAGUGUCACUCAUGGAUACAGUGGGGAUUAAAGUACAGUACUGUACUAUUAGUCUACGAAAUUGUGAAGAUCCAAAAGGUUUGAUAAUUAGUAGUUAGUUAAUAAUCAUUCAUCUUUAUGUAUGACACAGAUGAGAUACAGUGGACCCCUGACAUUCGAUAUUAAUCCGUUCUUGAGAGCCAUCGAAUGUCGAAAAUAUCUAAAGUCAAAUUAAUUUUCCCCAUGAGAAAUAAUGGAAAUCAAAUUAAUCCGUGCAAGACACCCAAAAGUAUGAAAAAAAAAAAAAAUUUUACCAUAUGAAAUAGAAUAAUGCAAUAAUUGUGAUUAUUCUAUUAAUGCAAUAGAAUAAUUACAAUAACAACAAUAACAAUAGAAUAAUUGACACUUACCUUUAAUGAAGAUCUGGUGAUGAUUGAUGGGAUGGGAGGAGGGGAGAGUGUGGAUGGUGUUAGUGUUUAGAAGGGGAAUCCCCUUCCAUUAGGACUUGAACUGGCAGCCUCACCAUGCCUUACCACACUGUGUAUGCCACUACGAUUCUUAAACCUUUCAAACCAACCUUUGCUGGCCUUAAAUUCACUCACAUCACCACUAGUUGCAGGCAAUUUCUUUACCAAAUCACACGCACUCCACUUUCGUACUUUGCAAUUAUCUCUUUCUUCAUUUCAAUAGUCAUUAGCACCUUUUUUCUCGAAGGGUUGGCACUAGAAGCUUUCUUGGGGCCCAUGGUUACUUAUUUUGCAGAAACAAGAACCAAAAACAGUGAUAAUAUGGAUAAUAUGUAAUGUACCAAAUGUAUCCUUAGAUGCGCGCACACUGGCUGGCUUGUAAACACUGGCACACACGGUGCAGUUCAGACCACAUGUGGACAUGUCUCGUAGGAAUCUUAUCGAAUGUCGAGGCGAAAUUUUUGUGUUAAAAUGCAUCGAAUGUCGGAUUUAUCGAAUGUCGAUGCCAUCAAAUGUCGGGGGUCCACUGUACUUGGAUAACAUUUUUGUUUGACAAAUAGCAUCCCUCAGUAUGUUUUAACUUAUUUCAGAUUUAUUCCAAAUGAAAUCAGUUAUUUUGCAUUAAUGUAUGUUGCAACUGAGGCUUGAGUCAUGAUGUGCUUCUGAUAGUGAGGUGUGGGGUGUCAUGGGUGGUGCUAGGGCAACAGAGUACACAGGGUUUUCCUGACCUAACUUUGUAGCAGAAGGAAUUUUGCCACCUUUCUUAUUGUGCAUGUCUUCAAGAGGGAGCUGGACAGGAACUUAAAGUCAUUACCUGACCAGCUGUGCUGUGGUUUGUAUGUUGGUUUGGGUGCAGCCAGCAGAAACAGCCUGGUUGAUCAGGCCCUGAUCCACCGCGAAGCUUGUUCAUGGACCAAGUCAUGGGGGCGUUUUGACUCUAGGAACGCCCUCCGAACAUACUCUGGGUAACUGCUCGAGAAAUCCUACUGAACUGAAGAUCACUGAAUUAGUUCAAAAUAAUAAGUCAUGCUUUUAAUAUUGUACCAGUUGUUCAUUAGCUACCUUUCUUAUUAUGUUUAUAAUUGUAGUUAACUGCAUAAGAAAUUAUUAAAAGUUUAUGUCUGAUUCUUAAGUAGUCCUUAAGCUUUAGGAUUAGUUUCCCCAACAGGCAUUUCAUACCAUUGGCUUUCUUUUGUGUCUAACAGUGUUUUAUUACAUGUAAACGACAUUAUUUUUGUACCACAUAAAAAGAAAUAAAAAUGUAAAUUUGAAUUUGAGUGAUGACCCCAAAAAAUUACUAAUGGGAAAUUCCAGCAUGAGACUACUCUUCAGAACAUACAUGUACGUAUUAGAUUAGGCUUACCAUACAUCCCGUUUUGACCAGGAGUGUCCCGGUUUGAAAACUCUCUCCCAAAGGUCUGAUCAAUUUGUCAUUUUAUCGGGGACAGAAAGAUUGCAACAACUGUAUACUGUUGUUGUUGCAAUCUCAAUAAAUUUACUACACCUGCACAUGUCUGCACUUGUAAUAUUUGCCUAAGCCGAUAGCUGACUCUGCUGUCAGUCUUGGUACAAUGCACGUCCAUGUCACAAAUAUUCGUAAAUUUGUCUCUAAUUAGGUAGUUGCACAUGGUCUUUUUUAGCUUUAUCACUAGAUCAACAACUGUAGGUUUAUAUGUAUUAUUUUCAUCAUUCCAUUAUCUUUUAUUAAAUAUUUUCUUUUUGUUUUUCAGUCAAAAAGCAGAAAAUUUGCACUUUUUGUUCUUUUUCAUCAUAUACUCAUAAAUUGAGAAAUUGGUAGAUUUUAGCCCUUAUUUGUUUGCAUUAAAGAAAAUACACCUACUUUUUAUUUCAAGUACAGGCAGGCCCCACUGUACAGCAAGUUAGGUUCUGGGCCACCGCUAUAAAGUGAAAAAAAUCAGUGUAUGUAAAACAAAACAUAUAAAAAGCAUAUAAAAGCCUGAUAACAUGUUUAUGCUGUCAUAUAUUAAGUGAGCAAUAGAGCUAGGCCUGAAAAAUGCAUGUACAGUACACACAUUACUUACCUUAAAAUAUUUUCAUCCUAUGCUUAUAGUGAGUGGUGAAUAUAUUUAUUAUAGGAAGUCUGAAUAAAUGAAGAAUGGGUAUAACUGAAAACCGCUGUAUUAGCGAAACACUGUAAAAUGAAGCACUGUAAAGCUGGGCCUUCCUGCAUACUUUUUUUUUUUU